AUGAUUUCACCUGUGUUUUUAUUGUAUUAUUGUACGUUAUGUGUCGCAGCUCAGAUUUACCACUUGAACGAAUCAACGUACGAACGUAUGCCACCUCUCUUCGAUUUGGACGAAUAUGAAUUUUGUUUAAAUGGGGAUAGAGGUAUUUAUUGCUUGGUCCGAAUGGAUCUAGUCGGACCUGACGACAGUGAUUUGAUUCAACUUAUAAGGGACUACUCAGCGGUUACGACAAAACAUUACAACCACACCUAUUUGGAGAGAGGCAUCUGUGUCACUAGAACGUGCAGGAAAUACUUCGAAUACGAACAAAACGUUUCAGACUUCGACGCAAAUCUGGAGGCUUGUCUUAACGAAACUAUCUACAAAGAUCACGAACUGAAAAUUAAUUUAACCAAAAUCUAUUAUUGCAAGAAACACGAAGACGGCAUUCAAAUUGACUCGUACGAUUGGAUUGUGUUUGGAAUAUUUGGAUUCUUUGUCGCCAUCAAUGCGAUCGGAACUGUGUACCAUCAUUUUGUGUAUAGGCGUGAAGAAGAAAAGAACAUUGAUUCAGGUAACAAAUACCUUCUAUGUUUUUCAAUCAAACGUAACUGGGGUUGGUUGAUUCAGUCUGAACCAAAAGAUCCUAGGAUAAGGAGACUCAAAGGCUUUUAUGGUGUCAGAACAAUAACGAAUGUUUUAAUAAUAUUCGCCCACAUCAUCACUAUAUUGGGAAACGGGUUCGUUGCUAAUCCGCGCGACUUCGAAGAGGCAUACGAUCAUUUGCUCUACCAGAUGAUCUUCAACGGUGUUAUGGUGGUUCACGUCUUCUUCUGCAUAUCAGGCUUCCUACUGGUAUACAACUUCUUAAUCCGCGUCGAGAAACUACCGGCAACUUGGGCAUCUAUACCAUUUGUCAUGUUCCUGAGGUGGUGGAGGUUGACGCCGGUUUACGCAUUAAUCAUAGCGUUCAAUUCAACUUGGAUGCGGCAUUUAAGCUCCGGCCCGCUUUGGGACCACUACGUGACCAACAGCUUCGUGAGAGAUUGCCGAAGAUAUUGGUGGCAGCAUCUAAUCUACAUCAACAACUAUAUGACGGAGAAUAAGUUCUGCGCAUUGCACACUUGGCACGUAGCAUCAGACACACAGCUUUUCUUUAUUGGACUGGUUGCUUAUGUGCUAACGAUGAAACGAGGAAGGAAGAUCGUGAUGAUCUUGCUACUGAUCACAUCUCUCAUACUACCGUCCCUGCACGUCUGGUUCCAGGAUCUGGAUGGCAUUAUGAUCUUGAUGCCAGAGUUUUUCAGAACUUUAAACAACGAUAGCUUUUAUUUGAUGUGUAAAUUGGGACAUAACAAUUUGGUCAGCUAUACGGUCGGAAUGGCCAGUGGGAAUCUGGUCUAUAACUGGCAGAAGAGAGGUGUGGAUAUUUCAAAAAAUAAGGUAUUUGCGAAGUUCCUAUGGUUAGUAAUUCCAGCCAUCGCAUUAAUUAUGUACUCCGGGCAGAUGUUCUACAUUGAGGGUCCAAGAGCCUCUGUGUUCUUGCGAAUGGCAUAUGCGUCUUUGCACCGAUUAAUUAUCGCAUUAAUCAUUGCUGGUGGAUUAAUUGGAAUGGUCAUGAAGAGCCCCAUUAUAUUAAGGAACAUCCUGGAGUGGAAGGGAUGGGUUUUGCCCGGCAGACUGACCUACUGCGUGUAUCUGAUUCAUUUCAACUUUAUCCAUAUAAUUUCUGGAAUUAAGAUCACCUUGAAUCAAGCCGCGAUGUUUAAUAUGUUCAUCACCACUGCAGGCGUCACCUGUCUAUCCUACAUCCUUGCUUUACUACUAUUCCUGCUAGUGGAAGGACCACUGAACAACUUCAUGAAGACUUGGACUGAUUCUGUGAAGAAAGAAUGA